CAGUUAAGAUCUAUUUGAAAAACCACGUUGACAGCUUGCAAUGUUCAUAUCAAGAGUGGGCGUUGUUACCUGACCAGCCCCGCCCACCAUUCUACACGUGUAAACAUGUAACUGUAUAUGGCACUUUGAUCCAAACUGUCAGAGUCUGUCAGAUAAGUUUCCAAACAACCCUACAAUAUCCGUUUGUAACCAGCGUGGGCUUUUAUGUCAGUUUUAUGGCAUCUAAGAGGCGAUGUCAAUAUCCGAUCUAGAAACAGAGGCAUAUAGACUAUAUACGCCCAUGGAUCUAAAAAAACAUUGUUGUAAGAUAAUGAAUUGGCGAAUACAUUUAUAUACGAUUCCGCCAUUUAUGUACAGAUAGAAUAUUUAUAGUGACCAGAGAUGGAUUCACCUUUGACCUUUACCCCGUGUCGCAGCCUUGACUUUGAUGCCGACGAGGUGAAAUCCCUGAUGACCCCGGAAGUAAAGAAAGACUUACGUCACCUUUUCGAUGACGAGGAUUCUGGGCUUGGGAUGGAUGAUGGGAGGCUCUCCCCAGAAAGCGACCAAUUGUCAGAGUUAUCGCCCUUUAAUCUAACUUCGAUCCUGAACUUGUCAGACUUCAGCAAUGAAAAGUUUCAGACCAGGAAGAAACAAAUUCACAAACCAGACACGGGAUUCAUACGGUCACAGUUGUCAGGCAAGCGUCCACGAGAUGAAGAUGACGAUUCGUCAACUCCCUCAUCUAAGGCACAGAGGAGAGGAGAGGCGGUGUUCACUAGGAGGUCACUGUCGUUUGGGGACAUGUCUAUGACGUCACAAGAGACCAGAGCCAAUGACGUGAGGGAUGCUGUAGACCGUUUGGUGGAGGAGGAGGAUUUGAUAGGGGACGGGACUGACACGUUUUGUCUGCCGACCAUCAGGGGAAAACACCAGGACCUCAAAUCUAUCUCGGCUGACACGAUGGCUGACGUUUUGACCGGAAGGUAUGAUGACGUCAUCAGGUGUUACCGCAUCAUUGACUGCAGAUACCCGUACGAGUUCAAUGGAGGUCAUAUCAAGCACGCGGAAAACAUGUACACACGUGACCAGGUCCAGCAGUUGCUCCACGACAGACAGAGUUGUGACGUCACCGGAAAGAGAAAUAUCCUCAUCUUCCACUGCGAAUUCUCCUCAGAGAGGGGGCCUAAAAUGAUGCGUUUCCUAAGGACACAGGACCGUGCCCAGAACGAGGCUAACUACCCGGCCUUGACCUACCCGGAAGUGUACCUUCUGGACGGCGGAUAUAAGUCAUUCUACUACACAGACAAGACUUUGUGUAACCCCAUGGAGUACAAACCAAUGCUACACCAAGGUCACUGCGAUGAUUUACGUCACUUCCGGUCUCGAUCCAAAUCCUGGACAGCGGGCGAAAAACAGAAGAAAACAGCCUCCCGACUUCGCUUCUGAACAAUACAAACAGGAUAACUCCAGUUAGUUUCAUGACAUGGACACAAAUCAUGCGGUGAAAAACUAUGACCGACAAUUAGCCAUAAAACGGAAGUGACGUAUUCUUGUUGAAAGGAUUGGGAUUAGGGUACAAAAUGUCAUUUGUACUAUUUCAUGAUAUGCUAAUAUUAAUCAUUCGUGUUGUUGAUUAUCAUUGGACAAUGGAGCCUUGACACAUUUAAAAAUGUGUUGAACGAGUGCUAGACAUUUAAAGUGCUAUAUGUGUUGUUCAUGUAUAUAGUUGUGUCGACAAUAUAACUGUU